CAUAACACACACGCCCCGUUCAGUUGGAAAUCUGUCUUGCUGGUUACUGUACAGCCCAAUCCUCAGCUCCUGUUUCCUUCGCAGACUCUACCCCCUCAAUCGCAGCUUGUUCGGGUUGUGUGUGUGGAUGGAGGUGUGUGUGGAGGAGGAGGAGGGGGGGGGGUUGCAAAGGAAUGCAGGGUUGAGCAGGUUGGGUGGAGCUGGAUGUUGGAGGGAAAAGAGGGGUCUCUGUUUAGUGUGUACGCAGACUCUAUAGAGAGAUUAAAGAUGUGUAUGCGAGCAUAUUGAUGAAAGUGUUUUCCUACUGUGUUUACUCCGCUGGGGCUCACUGCCUACCUGACAGCAGAGAGGAGAGUAAUGGAGAAGAGGACAGAAAGGUGAAAAGAGGCAACACGAUUGUUUUAGUCUUGAAUUUUAAGCUCUUAUGUUAAUUUGUGUGAUCUGCUCUGACUAUGAUUAAAAAAUUAUGUUUUAAAAGGAGGUAAAAUGAGAGAAAACGACCAAACAGGUGAAAGAAAAAUAAAAAAAUGUUACAAAUAAUUUAGUCGCACUAAAGUGAACCCGGGAAGCCAGGAAAUGGCUUGUAUACUUGAAUUUAUACAAAAACGCAUACACACAUCCCGAAUGUGCAGUGCAGAGCGGUGGGAACACUGUCGGCUGUGUACGGUGGCUCUACCUUCACUUCCGCACCAUAAAUGUGUGUUUGCUAUACGAGGGAACACGGGGAGAAAAGAGGAAUUCAUGUUGGUGUUUAUUUGAGCUUUGGCCAAAUCCAACCUGGGGCGGCUGCGUUGGCACGCGCUCUGCACCAAACCCCAGCCGCCCCUGUACCCCCAGCCAGACGCACACUUACUGUACACACUCUGGGGCCUGGAGCACACACACAGGACACAAAUUUACUACUCCCACAUACACACUUACCUGCACGUCCCAGCCAUAUCAAGGUGUGUUUGUCUUUCCCUGCCCACCGUUUCAGGUCCUCCCAGAGCCGGUAUUUCCCUUUCUUUCCCACAGACGCACACACAUCCAUGCACACACACACUACAGCGGUGGAGGGGGGCGUCUGUGGGCUGAGUGUGUGAAGCUCAUGCAUUGAUAACCUGCAGCUCAGAGUCACUCGGUCUCACUUUGUGGCCGUCCCCAUCGCCUGGAACUCCCUUCGCCUCGCUCUGUCUCCUUUCUGCUUCCCACUCUAGGACCGUCUGUGGCCGCGCUCGGACCUCCGCGUUUAGUCGUCGCCCCCUUGUUGCUGUCGCCAUGAUGCCUGCCCCGCCGUUUUUCCUGCUGCUACUGGGCCUCGUAGGAGCUCAUGCUGCCGUUGAUCUUCGCAUGGCCGCUGCCAUGGCGGCUGGUUUGUGCAAAACCCGACCCACAGACCUCGUCUUCAUUAUCGAUAGCAGUCGGAGUGUUCGCCCUUCCGAGUUUGAGCAAGUUAAAGUCUUCCUGGCAAAGGUCAUCGAGGGGCUGGAUGUUGGACCCAACGCCACCCGUGUGGGAGUCGUUAACUAUGCCAGCCGAGUCAAGAACGAGGUGUCUCUGAAGACUCAUCGCACCAAAGCCGGGCUGGUGAAGGCUGUGACCAAAAUCGAGCCCCUGUCCACUGGAACAAUGACUGGUCUGGCCAUCCAGUUUGCCUUGAAUGUGGCUUUCAGUGACGGCGAGGGUGCUCGUGUCAAGUCCCGUGAUAUCAGCAAGGUUGCCAUUAUUGUGACAGACGGGCGUCCCCAGGACAACGUGAAGGAAGUGGCUCAGCGUGCACGAGAUGCCGGCAUUGAGAUCUUUGCCAUCGGUGUGGGCCGCGUGGACAUGAGCACUCUGAAGCAGAUGGCCAGCGAUCCUCUGGAUGACCAUGUGGACUACGUGGAGAGCUACAGCGUCAUUGAAAAGCUCACCAAGAAGUUCCAGGAGGCCUUCUGUGUGUCGGACCUGUGUGCCACUGGGGAUCAUGACUGCGAGCAGGUAUGCAUCAGCAGUCCAGGAUCAUACAAAUGUGCCUGCAAAGACGGCUUUACCCUCAUGGACGAUGGUCGCAGCUGCAGUGCUUGCAGCAACUCCGCAACAGAUGUGGUGUUCCUGAUCGAUGGCUCUAAGAGCGUUCGCCCUGAGAACUUUGAGUUGGUCAAGAAGUGGAUCAACCAGAUCGUCGACAAACUGGACGUCUCUGACAGCAAGGCUCAUGUUGGACUAGUGCAGUACUCCAGCUCAGUCAAACUGGAGUUUCCCCUGGACCGCUACAAAAACAAGAAAGACCUGAAAGAUGCUGUGAAGAAGAUGGCCUACAUGGAGAGAGGAACCAUGACAGGCCAGGCUCUUAAUUUUAUGACAGAGAACAGUCUGGGUGCCCGGCCCGGAGUCACAAAGGUUGGCAUCGUCUUCACUGAUGGACGCAGCCAGGAUUACAUCGGAGACGCUGCCAAGAGGGUCAAAGAAAACGGCUUUAAGAUGUAUGCUGUUGGAGUGGGCAAUGCAGUUGAGGAUGAGCUGAAAGAGAUCGCCUCUGAGCCGACUGGAGAGCACUACUUUUACACCGCCGACUUCAAGACUAUGAGCCAGAUUGCCAAGAAGCUUCAGAUUAACAUCUGUCAAGAGGAGGACCCUUGUGAGUGCGACUCCCUUGUAAAGUUCCAAAAGAAAGUAGAAGAUGCCCUACAGGCGCUAACAAAAAAAUUAGAGAGUAUGUCGAAGAGGAUCGCCUUGCUGGAGAACAAAAUCGUCUGAGGACUCGCAUCACACUCUCCUCUACAUCUGCACACCCACCCACCUACACACACAAACACACACAAAAAAAAUGUUUUACUUCCUGUAAAAUACUGAAGAGGGACCCAUGUGUGUGUGAAGCCGGACCUCUGCUUGUAUCCUGAGCUCUCCCAAACCUCCACCUCACCUCUUGUCUCCUUUUCUCUUGGUCUCACCACUUCUAACCCUGGGUCUCCUGGAAAACGAAGCGCCAGUUGCCAUGGGGACCAUGCCUUUGUUUGUGUGUGCGCUCCGAAGGUCAUCCUCCAAAUCCAGCCUGUGUGUUUGUUAAUAAAGGUCUUCCCUCAUAGGGAAACGGUGACGGUACACUGAAGGGUUAUGCUUUGUUGCUGCCACAAUGUUUAAGUUACUCCAGAUGGUCUGUGUUUUGUCAUGUCAAACGGAGCAGCACAUCACCUGUUUGUCUGUUUAUAUGUCACUGUUAUCUUUCUCUCUUUUUUCUCUUAUAUUCUUCAACUUUUUCCUCUUAACCCUACAAAAACAUAUCUAAUAUUAUAUAUGAUUAUAUAUAUAUAUAUAUAUAUAUAUAUAUACACACAGGUAAAUUAAUAUAAGAUAAAUGUCUUAUAAUGAGGAUACACCAUUGAUGUUUUUUAUUUUGAUAAAUAAAGGUGAUUCAGGAAGUAAACUUACAA